UUCUGCACUGCACAUUUGACUGUGGCAACAUGAGUCGGUUGCGGCAGCUGAUGGUGCUGAGCCGCGACCUGGCGCGCUCCAAGCAGUUCUACCAGGAAGGACUGGGCUUGAAACUGCUGCGCUCGUCGGACACGUACGCAGAGUUCGACAUUAAAGCGGGUGUGCCGCUCUGCAUCAAGCUGGCGCAGAGUGAGGCUGCGUGCAGUAGUGGGUACUCGCCGUUCCUAAACUUCGACAUCCCGGACCUGAGCGAUGCCGUACCGCGAUUGCUGAUGCUUGGCGCGAUAAUGGACGGCCCUAUCAAGUACCCGGCACACGGCAAGGUGAGCGGUUUGGCUGACUGGGCCAAAAGUAGAUAUCCACUGCUGACGAUGGAUUGUUGACAUUGCAUUGGUGGUCACUGCUGCAGGUGGCAGCAUUGCGCUCCCCCGACGGAGUAAUGAUCGGCUUGUACGAGCCUAACUCAUGGGACAAUGUUACUUCAGCAUGAUAUGGCGUUUUUGCCUGUGAAUUGUACUUGUGAAGUAUUGAAUAGAGGGGUUGCCACCAGUGACUCCCCAGCAACGUAAAAACUUUGUUUUGUUUUCACAGCGUAUUACUACACUGCCAUGAUUGCGGAUUGUGCGCAUGCUAAAUUGCUUUGAUACCUCCAAGAAGGUAAAAAAAAACUACGUUUCAUGAGUAACUAAUUGCCAGAGG